AUGGCAUUGAAGUUGAAACUUAAGGUACCUUCUGCUGGUCCACCUCAAUCUAAUGGGAGUAAUAAUCAAAGCAGUCCAUCGGGGCGUCCGAAACUUAAAAUAAAAGCACCAACUCAAAAGGGGGACAAAGUUAGUAAGAAGCAUCAACUAGCAGGAACUAAAGAAAAGCAUAAGAAGCUAAAACUCAACAUAAAGCAAAAGAAUCCAGAAAUAGAUAAUAUAGGUAUACGAGGAAAUGCACAGCCUACUAGGUCUGUUCCUAAGGUUAGAAUAAAGCCAACGAGGGUACCAGGUGAUGGAUACGACUCUGAGGCACCGGAUCUUGAAGACGACCCAUUGAUCGAACAAGGUAUAGUAAUACGAUUCCUAAACGAUGCAAAUUUAGAUUUUGUACAUAAUGCAGUCGAAUCUGGUGAUUUGACAGGUUUAAACAUUAAAUGGGUGACUAAAGUGAAAGCAGUUGUUAAUGUUAACGGGACAUUAUAUUCAGCAAAAUUACUUGACUUGCCAACUAUUACGGAGUUAUAUAAAACUGUUGAUAAGAAGAACAUAUUUAAGACUUUUGACCUAUGUCAAAUAUUAUUAGUGUUGCACCCGGUGAAUCCAUCAGAUUUGAAUUUGGAGAGAGAUUUUGAAGUCCCUAGUGACUUGAUACAUGUACACCCUCUUUAUAAGAUGUCUCCAAAACAUGAAUUGAAACCAAGUAAGACAGUGUUCAAAAAUGGUCUUAUAUACCCAUUUGAAGAGGUCCACCGGAGAUUCAAGCCACGUAAAGUUAAUCAUAGAGUGGUUGAAGAUAUAGAGCAAAGAAUUGACGAAUUGAUUAGGCUCGAUGAUGAAGCUGAAGAGAGCCACUUUGAAAUUGUGGACUUGACUAAACAACAAACCAAUCAACACAGAUUCACUAAUAUUAGCGGUACGCCUUCUGCUGUGGCAACUCCCCUGGCAGCUCCAACAGACUUACAAGCGCAAUUCAAUAAUGGAGGUGAAGACGAAGAUGACCAAGAGAUGCUCGCUCAAAGUGAUGAAGGUGACUUGGAAGAAGAAUUGGCGAAAGCACUUGAAAAUGACGAAACUAUGGUAGGUGAUAUAAAUAUGGACAAUGAGGUUGAUGGAGAAGGUAUAGAAGAAGAAGAGGGUCAAGAGGAAGAAGAGGAAGACGAUGAAGACGAUGAAGAUGAUGAGGAUGAUGAUGAUGAUGAAAAUGAUGAAAAUGACGAAGAUGAUGAAUCAAAGGCAGAUAAAGAGCACGUGAAGAUGCUAGAAGAAGAAAUUGCUGAUUUGGAGAAUGCUGUGGAGGUUCAUAGAAAAGGGCUUGCGUCUGCUACUCACAAGAUGAUGAAAAUGAAGUUCCAAACAAGUUACAACACCUUGAAGGCUUCAUUAGAUACCAAGAAAAGAGAAUUGGCCAAAAUCGUCAGCGAUCAACAGCAAUUACAACAGAAAAUGGAUCCAAACAGAGAUUCUAACGCUGAAAAUUUUGAAUCCAACCAAUAUCUUGAUGAUCAUGAUGAUCAAGAAGACGAGAAUGGUACACCUGAUGAUAAUCUUGACGAUAUAGAUGAUUUAUUCUAG